AUGGCUGUUGAUGACUCACUGGCUGCCGAUGAUGAGACACAAAAUCAAGAGGAGGAGCAAGAAGAGGAUGAGGAGGCUGAUCAUGAGCAGCACAUUGGGACUGCUGAGGAAGGGAGCCAGCUUGUUGCGGCAAAUGAGGCUUCGGAUGAUGACUUGCAAGUCAUGACUCCUGUCAAGCAUGCACCGCAUGAGGUGCUUGUCGUGACUCCGGUGAGGCGACAGCUGAGCUUCGGAUCAGAGGCUUCAUCAGCUUCAGACAAGAGCAUGAGGCAAGUUGGCCUAAUGAGAUUCUGGUCGCCGGCGGGAGCAUCAGACAAGAGCAUGAGCUCUCCCGUGGGCUCUCCGCUGGCAGACCUGGAGGAAUAUCCUGAGGCGCCUCCCAGAAAGACGAAUAGGAUGAGCAUGGAAGAUACCAUAAGAGGCAUGCUGCGGAGAGGUGAGCUGAGUGUGGGUGGUCAGCGGUUGAGCUUGACCGCUGAGAACAUGAGAAGUGUUCAUGAGUCGAUGAGAAAGAGCACUGCAAGUCGAGGGCGGCCGAUCAAAUCCUCGAAUGAGCUCAGAGGAGUCUUGGGCGGAAGGAAAACCAACCGCAGGGCCAAGAAUGAGAAACCACGUCAGUUUGAGAUCGCGAUAAGCAUGAAGCAUGCCAUCUGCAAAGAGAUGUAUGAGCAGCGGCUGAGAUUUCCCAACGAGAGUUCCAUGCUUGAUGAGUUUUCCCGGGCCAAAAGCAUCAGAAAAGAUCGGCUGCAAGAGAUAUGGGCAAACAGAGCCGAAUGGGCAAAGAUGAGCCAGCAUGGGAGAGCCAAUGCCUCGGCCAAUGAGAUGAAGGGAACAAAGGCUCGCUUGAGACGAGAGGGAGGAGGCACCAAGAGGGAAUUUCCUGAGCUGGUUGAGAAGGUGAGGCACUGGCUGGAUAAGGAGAGGUCGCAUGGGCAUGUGGUCCUGGCAAAGCAUUUGGCCAUGACCUAUGGGUCAUUCCUCAAAGUGAGGGCUGAUGAGCUGUCCACCCUGCUGGAGAAUGAGGACUUGAGUAUCCCUGACCGAAAGGCCUAUCAGUUGAAGCGAGACAAGGCCAUGAGCCAGCACAAAGUGAUCAUGAGCACUUCCAAAUCAGCCGAUAAGAGAGGGGCAAUCUUGGCGAGAUGGUUGGGUGCGUCCAUAAGAGUGCCGAACCUGACCACCCAGAUCAGCGAAGUUGAAAUGCAGGUCAGGGCUGAGCUCUCGUGGCAAUACCACGAUUACCUCAUGAGCAUCAUCAGCCGGGGCGACGAUGAGCUGCGGAAGUUUUGCGCCAAGAUGAGCGAGGUGACGCCUGAGGUGAGAAAGAGAUGUGUCAUGGGAUUCAGCGAUCAGGUGCCCUUAUGGCUUAAGAAAACUUCACGUCGUGAGGUCUUCGCUAAGUGGGAAGUCCCCACUAAGAAGAGGAAGAUGAGCACUGGGCCUGAAUUCGAGAUGUUGGCCGAUGAGCACGAACCAAAGCAUGAGGAGCAGCCGCAUGACGCACCAAACCAGCCGCAUGAGGACCAGCCGCAUGAGGACCAGCCGCAUGACACAUGGGAGUUGGCGAAGCCCGGCAGUGAUGAGCAGCGAAAGCACUUGACUUCGAGGCGUGAGGAAAAGUCAGAUCGCUUUCGGGUCACCUUUGAGGCGAAUCAGCUGGUGAGCUCAUGGUUUGAUCCUGAGAAAGACCCCACGGGCCAUGUGAUCAGAGGCACUCUGAUUGUGCCUGGCUCCCAUGGGAACUUGGCCAACAUUGAUGAGCGCAAUUGGAUUCGGGAUGAGCGAUUCCAUUACAAUGGGCAAGACCGGAAGGGAAUGAGCGCUGGAAGGACAUUGGGGGCAUGGAGAAAGUUGAGAAGUGAGUCGCCUGAGCUGCUGACGCAUUUCAACGUCAUGAGUCAGCCAGCAUCGAACACGGAUGGUGUACUUCUUCCAUGGGGGAUCAUGGAGUCCGCAGCUGAGUACCCUUUGUCCUUAUGGAUGAGGGACUGCUAUGGACCUGCAUUCAGUGAGGCGAGCAUGAGAUCCAUGUUCCUGAGCCAUCAGAUCCCAUCAUUAGUGUUGCCGAAGAUGACAUCAUUGCUUCAGCUCACGGACACGGACUUUAGCCAUGCCUUCAAGGCUGCCGUGAGAAGAAGCCUGGAUGAGCAACACCGGCGGCAUGAGCCAGGCACAAAUGCGAGGGAUGGGCCGAUGCAUGAGUCGUUUACGAAACUGGGCAUCCGUGAGAUGGCGAAAGCCCUCCAUGAGGCCAUGGAACACAUGAUCAAAUUGAAUGAGGAAACAAACUGGGUUUUGGCCGGCUUGAGAAGGAAUGGAUGGUUGGCACUGCGGCCAGAUGAGACGGGAAAGCUCAAGAAAUGUGAUGAUCAGCCAUGGGCACAAGGCAUGCGAUUGGGCUGCAAACGAGUUGAUGAGAGAUGGCUCAAGAACCGCUUCCUGCAUUUGAGUGAUGAGGGCAUCGUGAGUCCGCCGAAUUGGGCAAGAGUGGACGGAGCAAAAGAUCUCAGCGACUUUGUCCAUUGGCAUUACGAUGAGGCACGGAAAACUGAGGCAGAUGCCGUCAUCGAAUUGGAUGACCCUGAUCAUGAACUUGAUGAGCCUGAAUGGCAACAAGCCGCCCAAUAUCAGCUGCCGCUGGACAUGAGACGGUCAUUGGCUGAGUAUGAGAAGAACAUCACUGAUGAGGCUAAAAAGCUGAGAGCAGACCGCAUGAAAAAAACUGUGAAGAGACGAGAACAACGAGAUGCCCUGAAGAAACUGUCUGAUGAGACGAAGGAAGAGCUGAGAGCCACAUUGCAGAGCACAUCAAGGUUCGAAGCAAUGAGUACCGUGGUUCCUGAGGCCAGAGUGAGCCGAGGUCAAGCCAAGGCGAAACCAUCGGCCAAGAAAAAGCCGUUGAGCUUGGGCAAGAUGGCUAAGAAACAGCAGAAGAGAUCGCAGAUGAUGAAGGCGGGAAGCAAGAUUCCCAAGAAUGAGGAUCCGCCGGUGCCUUUGCCUCCGCCGAGUGAGGCCCCUCCGUUGGCGGAUGGGGCCCUUCGCCCAUCAGGGACAUGGCGAGUGAUAGAUGAGCGAGCAGGCACAAGUGUGUUUGGGCGAUCAGGUGAGAUCCUGGGUGAGUCGACUGAGAAUUACCACGUGCUGCUUGGGGUGUGCCCGCACAUGGGGGGCAAAGAGAGGAAGGAGUGGGUGAGCAAGCGCUAUGUCGUUGAGAUUGGCAAGGACGUGAAGGCAUACAAGUGGCAGCAGAUGAGCUUGAGCCGGCACUGGAAGCAGGAGAUCCUGGGUGAGAUGGGUUUGUUGAGCGAAGACCUGGACCUGCUGGGGUCCCUGGAUGAGGUCGAUGAGCUGCCAUUGAAGAUGCCAGCUGGGGGCAUCAGCCUCCAGCACAUCCAUCUGGGCUGGGCCCUGAUGAGAUGGCAGCUGGAGAAGAGUGGGCAUACGCAUGAGGAACAAGCCAAGACAAUGAGUUUCGUGAGCCCUGGGUGGACCCAGCCGCUGUAUUUAGCCCAUGAGGAGCCACGGAUUGAUGUGGAUGAGUACGCAAAGGUAGUGAAGAAAUUGAUGAGUGAGCACAAGCUUUGUUUUUUGCCAUUGGGCUCGCAUGGGCAUUGGGUUCUGCUGGUCGUUGACCGGCGAUCAGCACCGAUGAGCAUCAGGUACUACGACAGCCUGCCUGAUGAGUCGCAGCAGUGCCGUGAGUACGCGGCGAAGGUCCUGGCGAGCCUGCUGAGCCUUGGAUUGGUGGAUCAGGCAGAGCUUCCUGAGAGGAUGACAAAAGUGCAUCAGGGAGCAGAUGAGUGUGGGAUCUUCUUGCUGGCGAGCCUUGAGCGGGAGGCAGCUGAGGCCAUGGGCCAUGGCCCGGCUGCCACUGGCUGGCCAACAUGGGCAGCGCAUGAGAGGCUCCAUAAGGGGAGCACCGGCUUGAAGAUUGAGCAGAGCAAGAGGAUUGGGGAAUUGCAGAAGCAUCAUGAGAAGCUGAUCGCCCAAGGUGAGAAAGCCAAGAAGGAGCGUGAGCACUUGGCUGAGGUCGCCGCAAAGCGGAUGAUGAAAAACCUUGAGCUCAAUGAGCUCCAAAAGAAAGCUUAUGAGCUGGUGCAUGACGGAUGUCUGCGCUGCGAUGAGUCCAAAUGCUUGGCCUACUACAUGUACAUCUACGGCCCAAAGACCAACAAGCGCGACUACAUCGACUGGUUCCUGGACCGCAUCACCCGCGACCUGCCCUUUCCACUGCCAGCGGACGGCUCACUGUUCACCACCCUCACCAACAGCGAGGAUGUUGCAGGCAUGAUGGCGAGCGUUGUCGGAAAAGAGGCCGAAGCCUCUGGAGAAAUCUUUAACUGCGCCUCCGAUGAGCUCGUGUCCCACAAAAAGAUGGUCGAGGUAGUGGCCACUGCCUUGGGAAAAGACCCCAGGGAUGUGCUGGCGAGGGUGGUUUUCUACGAUCCGGCGAAGUUGAAGGGUGUCGAGCUCCCGAAAGAGGGGAAGUUCCCCUUCCGUGAGACGAACUUCGGCGUGGAUGUCCAGAAAGCCAAGAAGGUCUUGGGAUGGUCUCCAGCGCACACUUUCGAAGGAGACAUCGCAGCUUACUACGCCGAGUAUUGCCGGCUCGGCAAGGACCAGGGUCCCAUCAAGCGGGCCUGGGACGAAGCGGUUAUGAGUGCAGUGACGGCUGCCGCUUGA